AUGGAUCACGACGAGAUAUCCCAUGGCCAGCACGGUCAUGUUGACGACAAUGCCACCACGCAUGAAAAUCCCAGUGGGGCCCGGGACGAAGAAGAGAAGAUGCAGCCUACGGCGGCAUUCCACGAUAGAGAUAUUAAAGUGGGAUACAUGAAUGAGGCGGAUAGGCAUAUCUAUGAAAGCGGCAUUCAGAAAUUCAGCCGCUUGGGCUGGAAGCGCUUGACCGUUGUUCUUAUUGUUGAAGCCAUUGCCUUGGGAAGUUUGUCGAUUCCCUCCACUUUCGCAACCCUUGGCAUGGUUGCCGGUGUGAUCUGCACAGUUGGAUUGGGCUUGGUCGCAAUCUAUACUAGUUGGAUUAUUGGAAAGGUCAAGCUUGCGUUCCCUGAAGUUGCUCAUUAUGCUGAUACUGGCCGGUUAAUGGGUGCACGCUUGGGAUGUCCUCGAUUUGGUUUUGAGUUGAUCAACGCGAUGCUUGCUAUCCAGCUUCUUUUCCUGACUGGAUCACACUGUUUGACUGGAACUAUUGCCUUUAUUAAUAUCACAAAGAGUGAUGUGUGCUCUGUGGUAUUUGGUGUUGUUUCCGCAAUUAUUCUGCUGUUCCUAGCAGUCCCACCUAGCUUCACUGAGAUGGCUGUCCUAGGUUAUAUCGAUUUUGCCUCCAUUAUUAUCGCAAUUGGUAUAACCAUCAUCGCUACAGGUGUGGAUGCUAGUAACGCCCCUGGUGGACUUGCAGCUGUGAACUGGUCUGCAUGGCCUAAGGAGAAUCUCUCCUUUGCGGAAGCCUUCGUCUCUGUGACCAACAUUGUCUUUGCUUACAGCUUUGCACUUUGCCAAUUCUCAUUUAUGGAUGAGAUGCACACACCUCGAGACUACGUCAAAUCCAUUUGGGCCCUGGGUAUUAUCGAAAUUGUGAUUUAUACCCUAACAGGUGCUCUUAUUUACGCCUUUGUCGGACAAGACGUUCAGAGCCCUGCCCUUUUGUCGGCUGGUAGCCUUCUUAAGCGUGUUGCCUUCGGUAUUGCGUUGCCAGUUAUCUUCAUCAGCGGGUCUAUCAACACUGUUGUUUUUGGCCGUCUUGUGCAUGGCCGCAUCUUCGCUAAUUCUCAAAUUCGAUUUAUUAAUACGAAAAUGGGAUGGAUCACUUGGUUGGCUGUCAUUGCUGCUGGUACAGUCAUUGCAUUCAUCAUCGCCGAAGUUAUUCCAUUCUUCAAUGAUCUGCUUUCGAUCUCCUCGUCACUUUUCAUUUCCGGAUUUACCUUCUACUUCCCCCCUAUGAUGUGGGCGCUUCUUCUGAAGAAGGGGAGCUGGCGGGAGCCUAAGAACAUCAUUCUUGGUUCGAUCAACCUGUGUGUUUUUCUUAUUGGAAUUGUCAUCCUGGUCGCAGGAACAUAUGCUAGCGUUGACGAUAUUAUCAACAAGUACAAGGCCGGCACUGUGCAUGGUGUUUUCACCUGUGGCUCUCCAGAGUAA